GGAAUGCAGACACCGAAGCAUGCAGACUCUAGUGUAGCCAGUGGAGACGGGCAAAUAAAAGGAGGGGAAAAGGGAUAAACAGCUCCAACGGCUGCCCAAGAAGAGCGGCGAAAAAUAAAACCAGCAGGUAGACGUUGUCGCAUUCCAUGACAGUGACUGGGCGGACCUAAACUGUAUCACACCGGCCCGUAGAGCUAAUUUAACACAUGAGCAAGAAGAAAUACUGGCAAAUGUCAAUAAUAGGAGUCAAGCGAGCGGCUUGUGAGGGAUCAGAGCUCUGAGACUGGCUGGCGGAGCUCUGUUAAGACGCACAAGCGGAUUAGGACUCGCGAGCAGGUGCCUUUGUUGGCUCGCGCCGUUGCCAGUGGAGACCCGCAGUAGCCCGACGCGCUUCUUUAACAUUAAUGCCUCCAAAUGAGCGUCUCUUCAGCAAACGGGGAAUAAAACGCACUUGACAGUUCUAGGAGUUUUUUAACCAAUGCGAGUUCCGGCACCAUGUUCUACGGUUCCUCAUCUGCCAGCAUGUCUCUGCCAUCCAAAAACCGUCUGAAGCGUCAGAGUCGCACUUUUACCCAGGUUCUGUACCGGACACUAAGUUAUCGGGAUCGUCGUUCUGUGACCGACCUACCUGAGCAGGUACGGGACGAUCCAGCUGAGCUUUCCACCCAGUCAUCUGCACCAGGUGUACUGAAGAUAUUUGGUGAUGAAAUCAGCGCCGGCGCUAACUACAAAAGCGUUCUCGCCACACCUCGUUCCAGUGCCCAAGAGCUGAUCAAAGAGGCGCUUGAGCGCUAUUCUCUAAACAAGGCCUCGGCCUGUUGCUAUGUGUUAUGUGACGUGAUUGGACGGUUUGAGGGCCCAGAUCGACGGUGGCGCACUGAGUGCCUUCGGGCGCUAGGAAACAACGAGAAACCCCUCCUCUUGCAGGACCUCUGGAAGCCAAAGGAUGGUUACUCUCGCCGCUUUGAGCUCAGGCGAAGAGCUGAAGUUGAGGAGCUGGCAGCAAAAGAGAAGGACACAGUCACUGCAGGGACCCACACAAACUCCCCUGUGCUAUCUUCAACCUUGAGUAGAAGUGGGCAUGGUAGAUGCCAUCGGAGCUCCCCCCGGGGCUGGCGUUUGAUGCAGCCCUGUACAACUAUUGUUAAAGAUAUCAAUGCUCAAGCAAGGAAGCUACAAAGAAAUCGUGCUAAAGGAACAAUGACACUCCAGCACGGCUCCUCAUUUUGCCGCAGCCUUAGUGAAACCAGCCUUAACUUGGUGGGUCUGCCUGGUGAGGAACCUAAACGGUACUACUCCACCCUCCCAGGGCCAAUCAGAACACGCUCAGCACGAGACGCUGAGACCCGUAAAGAACGAGAUGGGGGCGGAGUUAAACACUCUCUCUACCAAUCACCACACUUGCUGCUCCUUCAAGGGUACAACCAACAGGAUUGCCUGGUUUACCUGUUGAACCGAGAGCAACACACAGUUGGUCAGGAAACAGCAUCAGCACGGCCAAAUAUCUGCCUGUCAUCUCCGGAUGUGCUUCCACUUCACUGCCGAAUACGUCGUGCACCACAACGGCGCUCUUCCUCGGACCAGCGAUUACUUCUGGAGCCUGUCGCUCACGGCAAUGUACUGGUUAACUUCAUGCGUAUUGAGCGGCCCACUCCACUACGUCAUGGGGAUUUGCUGUCCUUUGGUGCUCAUUACAUCUUCCUGUACAAAGACCCACUAAGUGCGAAACCUCUUCCUGCCCAAACUCUCACUCGACUUCGGGCGCUGGCAAGACUAUGCGAUAGCGAGUCAGGGAAUGUGCCUGAGAAAGGGGACGCAUGUCGUAUGUGUGGGGCUGUAGUACAUGAACCGGUGGCAUCUCGGCGCAGCUCUAAGGCUCCUGCACGAGGUGCACAGAAACGAAAGCUCGCACUGGAAUUUGAGCGGGCUCACGAGGAUGCGCUGGUGAACCGGGUGCUGACACUUAUUGAGCCGAGCGGAGAUGACCACAAGCUGACACCAGCAUAUUUGCUUUGUCUUUGCAUCAAGCACUCAGCGAAUACAUUUCCACCUGGCAGCUUCGGUAAACUAUUGCUGAAAAUUGCCAAGAGGAUUCAGACCAUAGCAUGGGAGAAGACAAAGGAGUUGGCACAGAAGCAAGCUCAGCAUCAAGAUCCUGCCUCGCUGUCUCUGCUCAGCAUCUCAGACCUAGUACCUGAUCUCCAGUUCAUUUUCUUCUGGAUGUCCAAUGCCAUCGAAAUACUGUAUUUUAUCCAGCAGAAAUCACCUGCGUACAUGCAGACUAUUGAGCUCAUGGAUGAUAAAGUGGGAUCUAAAGAAUCUCUCCUCUCAGCAACAAUAUCAGCAAACGAAGAAGCUAUGACCAUACUAGAGGAAGUGAUCAUGUACACCUUUCAGCAGUGUGUUUACUACAUCACUAAGACCUUGUACGUUGUGUUGCCAGGGCUGUUAGACUGUAACCCAUUUGGGACGGAGUCUGCAUCAGAGCAGUGCCGGCGGGCUGUUGGAGUGUGUGUGUGUGCUGUGUGUGUGAUGCCAGAGGCGGUUCGGAGGGUGGUGAGUGUGUUUCAGACUACUUCAGACCUGCUGCAACAGUACCAGGUCCAUUCAGAGAUUCAGAGUCAAAUGUUUGCCUACCUCUUCUUCUUCACCAAUGUCUCACUCUUCAAUCAACUCAUCGAUAAAGGCCCCACGCGUGGCUGGUUUCAGCGUUCACGGGUCCUGCAGAUCCAGGCUAGUGUGAAGAUGCUACUGGACUGGGCUAAAGGAGCGGGGCACAGUCAUCUCGGCCAGAAAUUCUUUGCCAAGUUCUGUAGCGCUGUGAGCAUCCUGGCCACACCCCCACAACAGCUUUCACAGAUGAGUUGGAAAGCUCUGUGUGCAGAGCAUCCAUCUCUGAAGCCUGUGCAGCUACACAGAAUCCUCACACAGUACCAGCUCAUGGCAGAGCUCGGUCCUCUACCAAUCUGGCAACCGAGCAGUGAAGAUGAGGCAUAUAUCUACAGAACAGUUGAUCUGCUAGAGAGUUUUGAGAACCACCCUCCUAUUGUGCUGCCGAGUGCUGGAUUCAAGGUGGACCUGGAGAGUGACAGUGUGGAGGACAGUAUAUACCGCCAACUACUUUACGUUCGUCAUUUCCUUUGGGGUCUUCGCUCUAAGACCCAUCCUUCUAAUGGCUGUGCAGACCGUCAGGAUUCCCAGCGUGAGCCUCCUCAGCCUCACUCCAGUCCACAUCCAGCACCUCCUUUACGUGGGGAGGGAGAGGGGGAGGUGCGUGGCUCCUCUGCGGGUCUCGGAGGAAGAGGAGAGGGAGCUGGAGCCGAGGAACGACCCAGAGACAAGCCGCCACAUAGCAUUCACUCCAGAAACGGGACCAGCAUCCGUUACGCCAACCAAACCCAAGCGACAGAUUCUUCCUGUAUACUGACUCCACCUAAUACGCCCCUCUAUCCGGAACACACGUAUAUACACUCCAACGCACAGUCCAAUCCAGCCCACUACCCUGAGCAUGCUUCACAAGAGCACACACAUACACACUCUCACACAAAGUCCAAUGGUUGCAUGCGUUCAACUCCAGAGCACAAGAAAAUCAAUGGCUUCAUCAGCAAUGGCAUUGAAGGCCCUUUGAGUGGUUGUGGUUUUCCUUUCCCUGUCCCUGUCUCUCAUCUGGCCCCAAACUCUGAUGAUAUCUGUUCCGUCUUUGUAGUGGACCUGGAUAAAGGACCUUACGGCCUGGGAAUGGGACUUAUCGAUGGGCUUCAUACCCCUCUGAACUCUCCUGGAAUCUACAUCAGGACACUGAUUCCAGAUGGACCAGCUGCUGCAGAUGGGCGACUUUGCAUUGGUGACAGAAUCCUGGCAGUGAAUGGGACCAGUCUCAUUGGAGCUGACUACCAGAGUGCUGUGGAUUUGAUUCGUCUGGGGGGAGGACGGCUCCGGUUUCUUGUCGCCAAAUCAGAUCUUGAAGUAUCAGAGAAGAUCAGUGCCUCUUCCUGCUGAGAGAGAGGCUGCAAGUGUUACCCUCUACCUAGACGAAAUAUGAGGAGGACAGCGAUUCCUCCUUUCCGAGACUGGAGAACAAGCACACUAUAGGACCUCUCAGCGACUAUAACUCAGCCCUGUACAAUACUGCACUCUUUCUCAUUUAGAAGGACAGUUUGACAUCUCUGUCUUUCUUUACCUCUUAGCCAAUCUGGUUUUGUUUCUUGAAUGUCAAGGAAUAUUGAAGGGAAAGGGAUUUGUGCACAUAAUCAGGCUGAUACUGUAAAAUCUAAUUAAUAUUCACAUGAACGGAAACAUGAAAUGGGGCGAAAGUGGGGUUUUAAAGUGGUUCAUUUGUUUUAUAAAACAUACAAACAAUAAAGAAAACAAUAAAAAACAGAAACAUUUAGCCAAUAGCCUCGCUAAGAGGCACAAUGUGACCGUGGACCACAAAACCAGUCUUAAGUCGCUGGGGUAUAUUUGUAGCAAUAGCCAAAAAUACAUUGUAUGGGUCAAAAUUAUCCAUUUUUCUUUUAUGUCAAAAAUCAUUAGGAUAUUAAGUAAAGAUCAUGUUCCAUGAAGAUAUUUUGUAAAUUUCUUGCUGUAAAUGUAUCAAAACUUAAUUUUUGAUUAGUAAUAUGCAUUGCUAAGAACUUCAUUUGGACAACUUUAAAAGCGAUUUUCUUAAUAUUUAGAUUUUUUUGCACCCUCAGAUUCCAGAUUUUCAAAUAGUUGUAUCUCAGCCAAAUAUUGUCCGAUCCUAACAAACCACAUCAAUGGAAAGCAUAUUUAUUCAGCUUUCAGAUUAUGUAUAAAUCAAAAUUUUGAAAAAUUGACACUUAAGACUGGUUUUGUCGUCCAGGGUCACAAAUGAGUCUUUAUCUUAUCCUUAAUGGUUGAUAAAAAGAUCUGAGACGAAUCUCUUCUUUUUCAUUAAUAAAAGCUUCUCUCUUUCAAAUUGAUAGUAAACAAAACGUUGGCUCAAAUACUUGAUGGUUUCCCCAUUGAACAUUAUAUAUGCUGAACAACUGCACUUCAAGAGCCUCAUUUCAUGGUGCAACUUUCUUCCUCUCUGCAUAAAUAUUUUAACAAAAUUCUCAGUUUGCUAUGUUAGCAGUAUUUGCAACGACUUUAAGCUCACUAACUCAAAAACUGCAUAUAUAUAUACACAUAUAUAUACAAGCAUAUCAUUUUCAAAAUGAUAAAAUGUUAAUAUAGGAUAUAUAAUUCAUAAGCUGUUUUGUUUAUAUUUGAGAGGACGUGACUGCACAAGUUUUUGAAUACAAAAAAAAAAAAAAAAAGUUUAUUUUUUCCAUUAUUUCAUGUUUGUACUAAAUCUGUAUUGCAGUAUUUCAUAAAUGCAUUUUUUUCGCAGUUGUACUUGUAUUUGGAAGAUUUAUAAUGUAAUAUACCUUGCUAUUAAAUCGAACGUUGAGAAGUCAAACUACACUUGAGUAUCAUGGUCUUAGUAUUUAAAAGCGCUGGCUUCAACAUUGUCCAGGAGAGGACGCCAGAACACUGCAGAUGUUUUGGACCAAACGGUAACUGAAUCGCUUCUACUA